CUCAAACUGAUAUGUAUAACCGUUUCGUAAACUACCUUCCAUGAGGUUAAGAGGUGGCUAAAUUCGUAGUGUUAUAUCUUUUUUUCUAGAUCUCUACCGUUAACCAAAUUAGUUUAUUAAGUUUAUUCACUUAAUUUACAUGUAUUAUUGACCAAAUUAAUUGUUACUGACACGCACUUUAUUUUUUGACUUUGGCGGUAUUGGUUAACUUAUGCUGUAAAUUUUUGAAAAAAUAGAUUUUCUCGUUGAGAAUAUAGCUGUGUGAAAAGUUACCGGUUUUGUUUUCUAUUUGUUAUUUAUUUAUUUUUAUUCAACAGAAAACAUGUCACGACCUACUAAAAGGAAAUCAAAUGCUGUAACUAAAGCACCAAAACCCAAAAAGAUUGCUAAAACAGGAAAUAAAUUUAUUGCCGAAGAAGGGUUAAAUAGAGUGCCAGGCUGUGUUUUAGUGAUUGGCGAAGGUAUUGCUGGUCAGUUAGGAUUAGGGAUUGAUAUUUCUGAAAAAUCAAAACCAGCUGUAGUUCCUGAUCUCAAUAAUGUUAUAGAAAUUGCCGCAGGAGGCAUGCACAGUAUUUGCUUAACUGCUGACAGUAAGGUAAUAACUUUUGGUUGCAAUGACGAAGGCGCUCUAGGUCGAGACACGUCUGAAGAGGGUACAGAAGCCAUUCCCGGAGAAGUAGAACUUCCAGGGAAAGUUAUUCAAGUUUCAGCUGGGGACUCUCAUUCAGCUGCCCUACUUGACAAUGGACAAGUAUAUAUUUGGGGAACAUUUCGGGAUGAACACGGUUCUAUGGGGCUUCUGAAAAAUGAUGUAAUUGAGAAAAAUCCUGUUUUAUUAGAAAGCAAAGUCAGAUUCUUAAGAAUAGCAUCGGGUUCUAAUCAUGUAGUUUUGUUGGAUGAAUAUAAGCACGUCAACACUUUUGGAUGUGGAGAACAAGGUCAACUUGGCAGAUUAUCGGAACGAGCUUCUUCAAGGGAUAGUAGAAAAGGUCUUGGUCAGUUGUUAACACCAGCUGUUGUACCAUUUAAAAAUCGACCAAAGUUUGAAAUAGUUGAUGUUUGGGCAGGCAAUAUGUGUACCUUUAUUAAAGAUAAUAAAGAACUUAUUCAUGUUUUUGGAUUAAACAAUUACAAGCAACUAGGUGUUGAAAAGGGAAGGAUAAUGUUUCACCCAGUUCAAUCUUCAUCUUUUAAUGAAAAAAAUUGGGUUAAGGUGGCAAUCGGACAACAUCACACUAUUGCUUUAGAUAGUGAAGGUCAAGUUUAUGCUUUGGGAAGGCAUGAGUAUGGACGUCUCGGCCUUGGAGCUGACUGUACUGAUGCGGAUGUACCUACACUGGUUAAAAUUCCUAAUGAUGAAAAAUGUUCAGACAUAUCAUGUGGAAGUACUGCAUCCUUUGCAGUUACAGAGAGUGGGAAAUUAUACUCUUGGGGAAUGGAGGCAUUGCAGCUAGGUGUCGGAGACGGGGAUAAAGUAGAACCAACACUAGUUACAGGAAAACAACUCGAAAAGAGAGAUGUAAUCAAAGUUGCUGCAGGAGCACAACACACUAUUAUUAUUGCUAAGGACAAAGCAGUUUAACAGGAAUUAAUAUUUUGUUUUUUCUGUGGUGUAAAUUUCUUUUAAUUUAUAUUUGAUCUAUUUUAUGACAGUAAUUAUUUUAUCAUUAACAAUAACAAUUGCCAUUUUUAUUUAUUGUAUAUUUUUUCCAUUUUAUCUUUUUUUUACUAAUUAAUGUGUGCUGUGUAAUAGAUUGUUCAUAAAA